AAAACCCCAAUAUUGUGGUCCUCAUUUCCCUCAAACAGAAACCUGUAAAUCAAAUAAUGAACCCAAAUGCACUUCUUAUGGCCUGGACAAACGACAACUCAAGUCACAUCCACAGUACAAAAUCCCCUCUUUUGCACUUGUCAUUUUACUGGGGCAGAGACACUGUUUUUCUCUUCCCAGGUUGGCCUGGAAAUAGCCGAGGAAUGUAUGCUUUGGGUUUGAUAUUUGUCUUUGUUUUGGCUAUUCUGGUUGAGUUUUUCGCAAACCUCAAGUUAGUAAAACCAGGAUCGAACCGGGCGGCAGCGGUUUUCUUCCAGGCUGGGGUCCAAGCAAUUCGAGCCGGGUUUGCUUAUAUGGUAAUGCUGGCUGUUAUGUCCUAUAAUGGAGGAGUUUUCAUUGCAGCCAUUUUGGGCCAUGCAGUUGGUUACGUGAUUUUUGGAAGCCCGAUUUUCAAAAAGGAUAUGGAUAGAUAAUUGUGUAAUUUUUGGAA